ACACGCGCGUCGUCGAGUGUGGGUUGUUUCGUAUUUCGUAAUCGUUGUUGUCAUAAUUGGUGACAUAUACUUGUUUUGUGUAUUUGUCAUUUCUGUGUAGCUACGCGAAUGUUCUACGUGUGAUGUUGCACAGUGCGUUCGUACGAUUUUCCGUUGUGAACGCCGGUGCGAACGUGUGAGUGUGUUAACACCGCCGCUAUUUACCACGGCUGUGAUGAGUGACAGUGAGAAUACCGCUUUCCACGAGGCGCGGUAGUGACGUAGAACUUUGGAUAUAGCAUGUACCCUACCAGCAGUAUCAACGCGGCGGCGGCGGCAGCGGCGGCCGUGGCCGUAGCGUCACGACAUCCGGGCCCGCCGCAGCCCGGUCAGCCGAUGAAGAUCACGGUCGCCGAAUACUGCGACAGGAUCAAGGAUGAGUUCAACUACCUGCAGACGCAGUAUCACACGUUGAAGUUGGAGUGCGAGAAACUGGCUUCCGAGAAGAUCGAGAUUCAGCGACACUACGUAAUGUAUUACGAGAUGUCCUACGGCCUAAGUGUAGAAGUGCAAAAACACACGGAGAUAAUAAAGAGAAUGAAUGUUAUUAUCGGCCAAAUUUUGCCGUAUCUUUCUCAAGACCAUCAACAACAAGUCCACUCUGCGGUUGACAGGGCGAAGAAUAUUACGGUGCCUGAAUUAAACACCAUAAUUCAACAGAGGGACAUACCGCGGAUCCUUCAGCAAAUGCACGCUCAGCAAAUACCGCCGGGAGCGAUAGCUGCUCAUCCGGGUUUACCUGGACUUCCCGGAUUGGGGCCAGCUGCCCCUCCCGGGCUUCCGGUGCCGACUUCCGCGUCCGCGGCUUUGCUCGGUCUCGGACUGACGCCCGGGGCGGCUGCCGCGACCCCCUGCACGACCACCGCCGCGCAUUCUCUGUCGAUGCUCGGCAAGGCGGAUAUCCAUCGCGGUCAACCGGACGAUCUCAAGAGCAACGGCGGUCUGAGCUCGACGGAGGAGAGACAUAGAAGCUCGAUAUCGCCCGCUGACAAGUACAGUCGAUCACGGACACCGCAGGAGAUCACUCACGCUCAUCACUCGCAAAAUCACCACGAUCACUCGAUGCACACGAUAAAGAAGAUGAAGAAGGAUCACGAUAAGGACGUCGUACACAGCGACGGCGAGAAGAGCGACCAAGAUCUAAUCGUAGAUGAUGCAAGUGAUGGUCCUGGGAGUCCAGUGGUGAAUGGUGCUACGUCACCGCGCGAAAACGGCAUCGAUAAGAUUUCCUCGGUUGUGGUGCCGUCACUGGGUUCUUCCGGCAUACAAAAUGUAGCGAAGAAGGAUGUGUUAGCGCCACCGCACUCGCCCAGAAGUGGCACGAGUAGCAACGCUAGCACGCCCUCGGCCAAGAAAGUGGAGGACCGCGAGAAGCCGGCGACACCGAUAUCGAAGCCGCUUACGCCGACCUCGGGAGCCGCGGUGGUGAUCAGCAACAGUAUAAAGUCGUCAACCCCGAGUAAAUUGCUGCAAGGCCCAUCAGUACCGCCUGGCGCUAUACCGCCACCACCAGUCACCUAUCCCGGUUCGAUGCAUUAUGCGCCCGGUCCACCGCAUAAUCUCGCGGCGGCCGCUGGUCAGCAUCCGCACGUCGACAUGAUGGCCUAUAACGGUUACGCGACGCCGAGACCGCCCGCCUCGCUACAGCAGAUAUACGAUCCUCACUCGGCUAUGAGAGCCCCCGUGGGAUCUAUCGCAAUACCUGGAGGCAAACCUGCGUACAGCUACCACGUCUCGGGCGACGGCCAGGCACAACUAGUACCGUUCCCGCAGGACGCUCUUGCCGGCUCGGGUAUACCGAAUCUCGCGCGUCAGAUUAAUACUCUGAAUCACGGCGAGGUGGUGUGCGCCGUAACGAUCUCUAAUCCGACCAAGUACGUUUACACCGGCGGCAAAGGCUGCGUAAAGGUAUGGGAUAUUAGCCAGCCGGGUAUUAGUUCCGUCAAACCAGUCUCGCAACUUGACUGUCUUCAGCGAGAUAAUUAUAUCAGAUCAGUGAAGUUACUUCCGGACGGCAGAACUUUAAUAGUUGGCGGGGAGGCCAGUCAGCUGAGCAUUUGGGAUUUGGCGAGUCCCACACCGAGAAUCAAGGCUGAAUUGACCUCGUCUGCACCGGCGUGUUACGCUUUAGCGAUCUCGCCUGACUCUAAAGUCUGCUUUAGCUGUUGCAGCGACGGCAAUAUCGCUGUAUGGGACUUACAAAAUCAAGCCCUUGUUAGACAAUUCCAGGGUCACACGGAUGGUGCCUCAUGUAUCGAUAUAUCAGCAGACGGUUCAAAACUGUGGACUGGAGGUUUGGAUAACACUGUUCGUUCGUGGGAUCUUCGCGAGGGCAGACAAUUGCAACAGCACGACUUCACGUCACAAAUAUUUUCUCUCGGCUAUUGUCCUACCGGCGAGUGGUUAGCGGUCGGUAUGGAGAACUCGACUGUCGAAGUAUUGCACGCCACGAAAACGGACAAGUACCAACUGCAUCUUCAUGAAUCCUGUGUGCUGUCCUUGAGGUUCGCUUCCAGCGGUAAAUGGUUCGUUUCCACCGGGAAAGAUAAUAUACUGAAUGCGUGGCGUACGCCUUAUGGAGCAUCGAUAUUCCAGUCGAAGGAAUCCUCGUCGGUGCUCAGUUGCGAUAUAUCGACGGAUGACAAGUACAUCGUCACCGGUUCUGGCGACAAGAAGGCCACCGUCUAUGAGGUCAUGUACUGAAAUGCUAUCAACUGGCUGUCUCCUGGAAACGACGAGUUCUUUCGGAAGCGUUAUGUCGAAUAACGUGAUAUCGCUGUUGUUGUUCCUUUUGUUAUCGUUGUUGUUAUCUGCUCGUUGACAAGAAAGUGAGAUUGCCGGUGCGAAGGCCGAGUCAAACGGACACGAAAGAUUCGUGAUUUUCCGAAUUUUAAUAACCGCACACUUGCAAUAAAGAAUGAAAAAUCUAAAAAUGUACUUAAGACUGCAGUACAUGACGUAAACAGUAUACAAUAAGAACAUAGCGAUCAAUAAUAUUAUUUCCUGUGAGACUAUUAAAAUAAAUAAAAAAUUUGUUUCUUUUAAUAACACGCUCACGAAA